CCGAGGCGGCCAUCUUUGAUAAGGGCAGAGGUUCCCGCGGGGAGCUGACAACUUUCCCUCCCUCCACUCGCUGCUUGCCCUGAACGAUGGCGGCCUCUGCGCCGACUCCGCACGCGACGGGCUUCCCAGCCGAGGGUCGCUGCGGCUACUACGUGGCAAAGAAGAAGAGGUUCUGCAGGAUGGUGGCGGCAGCCGGGAGGAGGUUCUGUGGCGAACACGCUGGCGCCGCGGAGGAAGAAAAUGCUCGAAAAAGAAUCCUGUGUCCUUUAGAUCCGAAACACACAGUCUACGAAGAUCAAUUAGCAAAGCAUUUGAGAAAAUGUAACUCAAGAGAGAAGCCCAAACCUGACUUCUUUAUUCAAGAUAUUAAUGCAGGCCUAAAAGACGAAACAGAAAUACCUGAACAGUUAGUUCCAAUUUCUUCUCUCCCUGAAGAACAGUUGGAAAUUUUAAUUAAGAAGUUGAAAAAAGCAAGUGAGGGUUUGAACUCGACACUUAAAGAUCAAAUUAUGUCCCAUCCUGCAUUGCAUGAUGCCCUUAAUGACCCUAACAAUGGUGACUCUGCAACCAAACACCUGAAGCAGCAGGCUUCUAUUUUAGGUAACAUUGAGAAAUUAAAGUUACUUGGUCCAAGAAGAUGCUUUGUUGAGUUUGGAGCAGGAAAGGGGAAAUUAUCUCACUGGGUUGAUAUUGCCUUAAAAGAUGCCGAAGAAGUUCACUUCAUCCUCGUAGAGAAGGUGCCCACGAGGUUCAAGGUAGAUGGCAAACACAGAAAGAAAAAUUCAGUGUUUCAAAGACUUCAGAUCGACAUUCAACACCUGUGUUUGAACAGGAUUCCCGUGCUGAGCAGGGAGAGGCUGCCUGUGGUAGGAAUCGGAAAGCACCUGUGUGGUGCGGCGACAGAUCUGGCAUUACGCUGUCUGGUUGAAACGUACGGAGCCAGGCGUGAGGAGGGGAAUGAGGAGCCUUCAGCCAAACGCAUAAAGAACAGUAAGGCAGACAAAGACCUGGACGCUGCGGCCGGGGACGGAGGUGAAGGACUCGUGGCGGAGGAGUGGAGCCCUGUGGCUGGCAUUGUGGUCGCGCUGUGCUGUCACCACAGGUGCGAUUGGAGACACUAUGUGGGCAAAGACUAUUUCAGGGCCCGGGGCCUGGGAGCCCUGGAGUUCCACUAUUUCCAGCGCAUGAGUAGCUGGGCGACGUGUGGGAGGCGGACAGCUGCUCUGGAGGCCUCCAGUGUCCCCAGGACAAGAGAUGACGAGAGCGAGGACGGCGAGGAGCAUGAUGGCGGGGGACACAGGGGCCCUGAGGACCGCGCCGGGACUUUGCCCGGGUUUCUCCCUGCGGAGGAGAAGGAGAGGCUGGGGCGCCUGUGCAAGCUGCUGAUUGACCAGGGCCGCCUGGAGUACCUGCAGCGGCGGGGCUUCCGGGGCGCGCUGCAGCGCUACGCCGACCCGGGGGUGUCCCUGGAGAACGUGCUGCUCACGGCCUUACCCGCGCAGGCUCCACCAGCAGACGCGACUGCUUGACGGAGAAGAAACUGAACACCAUCUGUCUUCCACCAAAAAACAAGGCCUUCUACAUUGUAUUUUUAUAUUCACAAAAAUAUCAUUGAUAGCAGGUCAUGCGAACUUUAAAAAAACGUUGUGCCUCAUUGAACUUUGGUACUAGCUUUGUUUUUUACUUGAGAAGAGUCCAGACCUGAGAGAAUUCACCAAAGUCACUUCAGCAGGCGCCUGGGUCCCGUCAGCCGUCGGGGUCUGUAGAGGCGGGGGGCGUGGUCGCACAGACGGCUGCGGCAUCUGAAACACACAACAGGUCGCCAUGGGGCUAGCAAAGUCACUUUCUAGGUACAUGAAUUUUGGAAUUCACUGUCCCUUGGUUUUAUUUAGUCCUUUUUAUUUCUCAAGUUCAAGGCGUAAUAAUCAGUUGUCAGUUUCUAACGGGGCAGCCUGCGCAUUGGCUUCUGUGUGGGUUUUUCUUUCCAAGCAGAUUUGGAAAGAAUAGUCAGUUUGCUUUUUUUCCUUUGCAAACAGACCCAGAGCUAUGCACAAUCAACCAAUCAGAUUUCCAGGGUCAGACCUGCGUGUAUAUAUUCUCAGAAUUUGUCCAAGCAAACUCCAAAACCGAAGCGAUGUUUUCCAGGGGAAGAAAAAAAUAUUUCGUUCUAUUGGGUAUUAUACAGUUAGAACUUCCAAAAAGACACUGAGAAGCUCACUUCACAAAUUAAGUCGAAAUUUGCAAAUAACUUCUGAAGUUAAUUAUCUCACACCUUUUAAGAGGCUACUUGUACAUGUAUAAAUACAGAUAUAAGUGUGUUCUCUCUUGUUUGGGAAAAGAAUUUGGAGUGUAGUGAAAAUUAGGUAGUGAAACCAGACACCUCACACUGAGGCCUCAUUUACCUCGUAAAGAGUUUCUAUGCACAGCAAUAUUAAGCCAAUCACAUGGCGCGACUGGUAUUUUCCACAUCGCAUCCUUGAGUGAUUCUGCCUUUAUUUGUAAACAAAUGUGUUAAUCAUUGGUACCUUUGCCAAGACAGAGAUUCAGAAUUACUAGUUUUGGAUUAGUGAUGCUCUUAGGAAACUUUUUUAUAGGUCUGUGCUUACAUGAAUCGUAAAUUAAACAGCCUCUUUUUAAUUCCUGACUUUUCUAUUUUAGUUUAAUCUCAUGUUUUGUGAAACUGCGUGGGUUCAAAUCCCAAGCCUACCACCUCUCAGCUGUGUGACCUUGGGCAAGCUACCUAAUCUCUGUGCCUCAAUUUCCUCUUAAAAUGGGGGUGAUGGCAAUAAUAAAGCCUACCUCGCAAGGUUGUUGUGAACAUCAGAUGAGAUUAUGAAUGUAAAAUGCUUAGAAUGGUCGGAGCACAGAGCAAGUACUCCAUGAAUAGUAACUGUUAGAAAUAGUGCUAGUUCAUGAAUCUCAUCAUUUUAAUAAAUAAUAAGCAGACUUGGUUG